AUGAAGAGGGUGAAAAGUGAACUUCCUGGUGUAAGGAGGUUCAAAUUGUCACAUGUUUUGUUGGGUUUAGCUGCAUUUUACUUGAUCUUUAUUUGCGUCAAGUUCCCCGAAUUUUUUGAGAUUGCAACUGCUUUAACUGGCGAUGAUACAAAUGUGAGGAUGGACGAAUCCUCAGUUGGGGAUGACGAAGAUGGAGAAUUAAGCAAAACAAUUUUAGGUUCUUUUUAUAAGGAUACAUAUCCCAGGAGAUCUUUGGAUAGUGAAAACCAAAAUGCGCCAUUGAUGCCCCGAGAAGAAGCAUUAGAAGAGAAAAAAGGAGGGUUGCGGUCCAUCAAACCUCUUCAGCAUCAUUAUGGUCGGAUAACGGGUGAGAUUAUGAGGAGAAGGAAUAAGACUAGUGACUUGUCAGUAAUGGAGAGAAUGGCGGACGAGGCUUGGACAUUAGGCUUGAAGGCGUGGGAAGACGUGAAUAAAUAUGAUGAAAAGGAGAUUACAAUGAGUUCCAUUUUUGAGGGGAAGCCCGAGUCAUGUCCUUCAUGGGUAUCAAUGGAUGGAGAAGAAUUGGAUAGGGCAGACCAUCUUAUGUUCCUUCCUUGUGGACUUGCUGCAGGUUCUUCAAUUACGGUGGUGGGAACACCCCAUCAUGCUCAUCAGGAGUAUGUGCCUCAGCUUGCCAAAUUGAGGAAAGGUGAUCCCUUGGUUUUAGUGUCGCAGUUUAUGGUUGAAUUGCAAGGGUUGAAGUCUGUGGUUGGGGAGGAUCCACCAAAGAUUCUGCAUCUGAAUCCUCGAUUGAGAGGAGAUUGGAGCCAUCGACCUGUAAUUGAGCAUAAUACCUGCUAUAGGAUGCAAUGGGGGGCAGCUCAAAGGUGUGAUGGUUCACCAUCUAAGAAUGAUGAUGACACGCUUGCAGUUGAUGGAUAUUUGAGAUGUGAAAAGUGGAUGCGGAAUGAUAUAGUGGAUUCAAGAGAGUCCAAGACAACUUCGUGGUUUGAGCGAUUCAUAGGGCGUGCAAAGAAACCUGAAGUCACAUGGCCGUUUCCUUUUGUGGAGGACAGAAUGUUUGUUCUAACUCUUCGUGCUGGUAUUGAUGGAUACCAUCUAAAUGUUGGGGGUCGGCAUGUGACUUCAUUCCCAUAUAGAAUGGGAUUUAGUCUUGAAGAUGCAACAGGAUUGGCAGUUAAAGGUGAUGUGGAUGUCCAUUCCAUUUAUGCUACCUCUUUGCCAACCUCUCAUCGAAGUUUUUCACCUCAGAGAGUGUUAGAGAUGUCUGAGGAGUGGAAAUCUUGUCCUUUGCCAACAAGUCCUAUUCAACUUUUUAUCGGGGUUCUCUCUGCUACCAAUCACUUUGCGGAACGCAUGGCAGUUAGAAAAACAUGGAUGCAGUCUGCAGCAAUCAAGUCCUCAAAUGUAGUAGUCCGUUUCUUUGUUGCACUGGAAAUACUUGGAAUUGCUGGCUAUAGGCUACUGUUGUGUUUUUAUGAGGGUGAUGAUAUAAAGAUAAAACUAGGAAGGGACUUGGAUAUUGAAGAAAUGAUGAAAUUCUGGUAUAGGAUGGAGUUUCUCUAUGGUGAUGCGGCAUUAGUGGAUGGCACUCAGGGGAAUCCAAGAAAGGAGGUGAAUGCAGUUUUGAAGGAGGAGGCUGCUUACUUUGGUGAUAUUGUAAUUUUGUCAUUUAUGGAUCGCUAUGAGCUAGUGGUUCUUAAAACUAUUGCCAUCUGUGAGUUUGGGGUUCAAAAUGUAACAGCUGCAUACAUCAUGAAAGGUGAUGAUGACACUUUCAUAAGGGUGGAUACCAUUUUGAAAGAAAUUGAAGGCGUCUCUACUACGAGUUCCUUGUAUAUGGGCAAUCUCAACAUCUUGCAUCGACCUCUCAGAAGUGGGAAAUGGGCAGUCACUUAUGAGGAGUGGCCAGAAGACAUAUAUCCUCCAUACGCCAAUGGGCCGGGAUAUAUAAUUUCCAGUGAUAUUGCCAAAUACAUAGUCUCUCAACAUGUCAGUCAAAGCCUGAGGCUAUUCAAGAUGGAGGAUGUGAGCAUGGGAAUGUGGGUUGAGCAAUUCAACAGCUCCCAAUUGGUCCAGUACUCCCACAACUGGAAGUUUUGUCAAUAUGGGUGCAUGGAGAACUACUACACUGCACAUUAUCAAUCCCCAAGACAGAUGUUGUGCCUGUGGGACAAUUUGUUGGGGGGUCGGGCUCGCUGCUGCAACUUUUAG